UCAGUAAUAUUUAUAAAAAAUGUUUGUGGACAUGAUGUAAUUGUUUAAUCUGUGAUAUUAUGAGUUCACUUACAUAUGUUGAUGUUGUCACUUUCGUACCGGUUCGACAUUUCAAAUUAUAAUGAACGUAUUAUACUUGCUGUGUGGGAUAUUAUUGAUAAUAUUAAUAAUACGUAGAUUAUGGAUUAACUAUCGCAAAAAAAGUAAGAAUGUAUGCAUUGUUGUUCUUGGAGAUUUGGGCAGAAGUCCACGAAUGCAGUAUCACGCAUUAUCCUUUGCAAAGGAAGGUUUCAACGUCGAUUUUAUAGGUUAUCCGGGUUCAUCUCCGUUAAACGAAAUCAAAGAUAAUCCACGUAUAAAUAUAUAUUAUCUUCCACAACCUCCAUCAUUGGAAAAUAUUUUACCUACAGUUUUGCAUUAUAUCGUAAAAGUACUGUGGCAAAGUGUUACAUUAUCGUUUAUAUUAUUUUCUAAACAUAUAUCGAGUUAUAUUUUGAUACAAAAUCCACCAGCUAUACCUACGAUUCCAAUAUGUUGGUUUUUUAGUAUAUUGAGCGAAGCCAAGUUUAUCAUCGACUGGCAUAACUUCGCACAUUCCUUAAUGGCAUUAAGCUUAAGAAAGGAUCAUGUUAUUGUGAAAAUAGCAAAGUUCGUUGAGAUAUAUUUUGGAAGCAAAUCGCAUUAUAAUUUUUGUGUCACUAAAGCUAUGAAAGAGUAUUUACAAAAGCAAUGGGAAAUCGAAGCACACGUUUUGUAUGAUCGUCCAGCAAGCUAUUUUAAACCAAUUUCAUUAACGGAUAAACAUGAGUUUUUGUUAGAAUUAAGUAAAAAGUAUGACAUCUUUCGUGGAAAGGAAACAAAUUCUACGCUUUUUACCGAGAGUACAGCAGAAAAUGUAAAUUUAUUAUCUGUAAGACCAGGCAUUAUUAUAUCCAGCUCAAGUUGGACAGAAGAUGAGGAUUUUUCAAUUCUUAUAAAUGCUUUACAAGAAUACGAAAGUGCUUGUGAUGAGAAGGAUGCACAUCUAUCAGAUUUGUUAUGUGUAAUAACGGGUAAAGGACCCUUCAAAGAAUUUUAUACUUCCAUUAUAAAUUUAAAGAAAUGGAAACAUGUUACGAUUAUCAUGCCGUGGCUUGAGAAUGAGGAAUAUCCCAAAAUGUUGGCUAGUGCAGAUUUAGGUAUAUGUCUUCAUACAUCUUCCAGUGGAUUAGAUUUACCAAUGAAAGUGGUUGAUAUGUUUGGAUGUGGCCUUCCCGUUUGCGCAUAUAAUUUUGCAUGUUUAUCAGAACUGGUGAAAGACAAUGAAAAUGGUUAUGUUUUCUCAAAUGAAAAAGAAUUGGCUGCACAGUUGAAAUCAUGGUUUCUACAAUUUCCCUUUAAUGAAUCACAAAAAAAGAUUCAUAAAAAAUUUCAAAAUGAAUUGCUUAAAUUUCAGGAUAUUCGUUGGCACGAUAAUUGGACUUUAAAUGAAAUUGUUCUUAAUAAUCGACCAAUCAUCGGUAUUUUGUCGCAAGAAAUUAGUUAUCGUUUAAAUCGUACUACCGAGGGACGAUACAAAAGUUAUAUCGCUGCGUCUUACGUUAAAUUUAUUGAAAGUGCCGGUGCGAGAGUAGUCCCAAUUUGGAUCGGAAAAAAUGAAACAUAUUACAGAAAUAUACUUGAAAAAUUAAAUGGAGUUCUAUGGCCAGGUGGAGCUACAUAUUUUAAUAAUAGUAAAGGAUAUGCUGACGCGGGCAAAAAGAUUUAUCGAAUCGCCGAGGAAAUGAACAAGGAAGGAGACUAUUUUCCAAUUUUAGGAAUAUGUUUAGGAUUCGAAUUAUUAACAUACGUAGCAGCUAACAAUGUAGAACAUAGAAUCACGUGUUCUAGCCAAUCACAAGCUUUACCUUUAAACUUCAGUACAGGUUUUAAAGAAUCAAGAUUGUUCAAAAACGCACCAUCGGACAUCAUAGAUAUUUUGGAAAAACAGAACGUUACUAUUAAUUUUCACAGCUAUUGCGUAACCAAAAAGGCUUUGGUAAGAGUCAAGUUGAACGAUAUUUUCCGGAUAAUUUCUCGAAACGUAGACAGAAAUGGCGUACGAUUUAUAUCUAGCUUGGAACAUGUUAAUUUUCCUUUUUAUGGAUUACAAUUUCAUCCGGAAAAAAAUAUUUUUGAGUGGAUAAAAGACAAAAAUAUACCUCAUUCUUUCGACGCCAUUAAAGUCAGUCAAUAUUUUGCUAAUUUCUUCGUACAUGAAGCUAGGAAAAAUAAACACCGAUUUCAAAAUUUUACCGAAGAAGCCAAGAGUUUAAUUUAUAAUUAUCUACCAUCUUAUAGCGGAAUAAAUGGAUCGGCAUACGAACAAGUUUAUUUGUUUCCAUCUAUGUUCUAUAACAGUAUAUGAUAAUCAUUGGAAAUGAUAAGACCAAUGGAUAUAUUGUGUAAUAUAUUUUAUAACGAUAACACAAACUAUGAUAAAAUUAAUAUAAUAAAAUUCUAUGAGCAAUA